AACCGUCAAUGUCUUGUCUUUAGAUACUCUCCUACUCUCUCUCCGAGAACUUGAUGUCUCUUGAACGGUCGGAGUUCGCCGACGGUGUUGCGGCACGGAGUCUAAGCGAGAUUUCAGAAGUUGACGCCGUGAGAAUCGGAACUGAUAUUGUAUCUUCAGCGAGACGUCUCAUCGCACUAUUAAGGUCCGUCGGAGAUUGUCAAUGGCUUCAUCAUCCACUCGUUAUUGCUGAAGCUAUUAGAAGGUAUGAUGAGCUAUGGAUGCCGUUGAUUUCUGAUCUAACGGUUGGUUUGAAGCCACCAAUGAUUUUGCCUCCUCUUGAUGUUGAAUGGGUUUGGUUUUGUCAUUGUUUGAAUCCAGUAAGUUAUAGGGAUUACUGUGAAAAGAGAUUCUCAAAACUUAUAGGGAAGCCUGCUAUUUACGAUGAAGAGAACGAGGAUUAUGCGGUUUUACAAUGCGAGAAAAUCUGGAGUUUACGAUAUCCGUUGGAGAGUUUUGAGAACAGAGCUGAUCCUGAUUCACUUGAGACUGUUUCUUUAGCUAAUGAAGAUAUUAAAACAUUAGUUGAGAAGCAGAAGUUUCUUUGGGAGAAGUUUUCAGCACCUUAUAUGUCUGAAACCGUUUACUUGAUCGCUGCGCGGUUACGUUACAAAGGGUUUUUGUUGAUUCUACAUAAGUUUAAAGAUGAGGUUUCUAGUCUUAUUCCAGCUUCUGAUAUACUUCUUAUGUGGCUUACGCAUCAGAGCUACCCGACGGUAUAUAAAGAUGAUGUUGAUGAAAUGUUGGAAGAGAUGGCGAGAAAAGUGGUACAAGUUGGAGAAAAGGUUGAGAAAGUAGAAGUGGAAACAACGAAAGAGCUGUGGGAUAGAUACUUCAAUCAACCGUAUGAGAAAGCAGGCGGCGAAUUGACGAUAAUAGCGAAUGAGUCUGGUUUAAGUAACAACACAGUGUUUUACUGGCCUGUCUCUGAUAUGGAUGUUAACACCGCGUAUAAGUCCAUUCGACCUAGAUUUGUCUUGGAAUUAUGUAUAUUUCUAAGGCUGAAUCCAAAGGCAGAGCGGAAUGAGUCGAUAGAUCGGAGUUUUCUUCGUUUGAGAGUUGCUAGAUGUCAUAGGAAGCUGCAGCUGGAUAAGAAAAUGACUGAUUUGUCUCGCGAUGCGUCGUGGCAGAAAGCGUGGCAUCUUUACUGUGAGUUUGGUACGUUAGGGUUUGUUUUGGAAUCACAUUGUGACCGUCCUCGUGGGAUUUGCUUCAAAAGCGGAAAAUCAGAAGGGAUGAUUGAGUUUUCUUGGAAUGAUCUGCUAAGAGCGCAUUCUCUAGCGUCUGGUAGGUUUCUCGGUAAGCAAGUGAGUGUGUUUGCUUCGGUUACACCCCCGGUUCAAGCGCCCUACUUGCUGAGAUUUGUACCAGAUCGAGUUACCGAUGAUUCAGGUGCUAUGAUAUCUGAUUCUGUUCAAAGAACAAACAACUUCCGACCUCAAGAAGGAAGAUGGCUUACCCGGACCGUGCUUGAUCAUGCUGGACGGGAAUGCUUCGUUAUCCGCAUCCGAGUUGGGAAGGGAAUGUUUAAACGCGGAAGUGAAGUUCCAUCCCCGGUGAACUCAGAGGAGCGGAUAACAGAGAUUCGAGUAGGUUCUUGGUCUUAUGUCGAGGGUUCAAUCGGUAAAGCUCCAGCGAAAGUGGUUGGAACCGUGACGCCUAAGGAACCAGUGGAGGAUUGGGAGGCUGCUUGGGAAUUUUCGACUGGAGACGAAUUGCACAUCCGUUGGAACUCAUCAGGAGUUAUCUCAGAACUUGAUUUAUCUCCAAGAAACCCCGGUUCGCUGGUUCGGCUAUUAACUGGACGGAGAAUGCAAUAUAAAGGAGAAGACGAAGAAGAGGACGAGGGUUUUGUAACAGUUGUUAGAUCAACAGAAGAAGAUCCAACAGAAAAAGCAACUGCUCUGAUCGACUGGAAGCAUCAAGCUGUAGAAUUUCUGCCCGAGGAAGAUGCGGUUUUCGUCUUGUUAUUGUCGGUAUCAAUUCUAAGGAGUGUAACACAGAAAAGAAGAGAAGAUGUUGGUAAAUUGUUGGUGCGGAAGAGGAUAACCGAAGCUACCGGUGAACGGGAUUGGGGAUCAGUAAUCGUCGAUGCUUCAUCAUCUAAUGUACCUUCUUCUUCGAGUCCAUACGUAGAACCGUGGUAUCGAAACUCCGGUAAGGUUAUGGCGAUGGAGGAGAAAUCAGCACAAGUUGCAAGAUAUCCAUAUCCUGUUAUGAGCUAUUCAAACAUUGAUGGUGGCGAUAAUUUGUACAAACACGUAAUAUUCGGGUGAAACUUCAAAAAGAUAGCAUUAUCUUUAGUCAGAUGGAUUGGUGUAACCUAAACUAAUAGGAUGCUUUUGAUGUCUCUGUCUCUAGAUAUUUAUGUCUUUGCCUUGACGUUAAAUCAACUAGACCUGUUUAC